AUUUUUAAUUUCUAACGAUUCGUUUCAGUUACUAUCACUUUAUCAUAUACCAUUAUAUUGAUAGCAGAUUGUAAACAUUGUCCAACCUAUACAUGGCAGCCGACUUCAUUUAUUGAAAGCACUGACUAAUUAUAAUCUUAGUCCGUGGUUAACACUGUUAACUCUACAGCUAAUUAUUAUUUUGGUAUUUACCAGAUAAACAUGCUCAAUAUUGUGGGUAGAUGCGGUUUAUAUCAUGACCGUUCCGGCGUUUUUUUUCUUUUUACCUUCGUUAUCAUCAGUGCGGCUGAUAACGGUAUGAACUUCGAAAUUCUUUUGUAGACUACAAAAUCGAGACCCGACAACAACAACAACAGUCAACAGAUUAGCUGUUGCAUUAUACUUUAUACCACUUUGCGUCUUUGCUUAGUUACGCUGAACAGAAUAAUAAUAUUAUUUUUAAGUACAUUGCGAGCAAAUCCGGAUUCGUGAAAGUCCAAAUAUUUUUAACUUCCUUGUCAUAAUGUUCAAGAACGGUUUUCUUAACUUUUAAUUAAUACUUACUACACGACAGAUUCUCAGAUUUCGCCGAGGAGACACGAUGAUUACUAAGUUCGUUUUGGUAUAUUUGGCUUUGAGUAUAGUCAACACUGCCGCCAAUGUGGAUGAGUUCAAAUGUCAAACGUUUGCCGACGGAUCGGUCUAUCCAUCCAGUACUAUUGAAUCCACCAAUCACAAAUUGCAGUACACCAAAGCAUUGAUAUCAAAACCAGCACCUGAUUGGAAGAGCACAGCUGUAAUUAAUGGCUCAUUGCAGGAGCUGAAGCUAAAAGAUUUCCGUGGGAAAUAUUUAGUAUUUUUUUUUUAUCCAUUGGACUUCACAUUUGUUUGUCCAACAGAAAUAUUAGCUUUCAACGAUCGCAUUGAGGAAUUUAGAAAGAUUGACGCAGAAGUUGUGGCGGCAUCAGUAGACUCACAUUUUACACAUUUAGCUUGGGUGAAUACCCCACGAAAAGAUGGAGGUUUGGGAAACUUGUCAAUCCCACUGUUGUCAGACAUGACUCAUAAAAUAUCAAAAGAUUAUGGUGUUUAUUUGAGUGAUGUUGGUCAUUCCCUAAGGGGACUCUUUAUUAUAGACAAUAGAGGUAUUCUCAGACAAAUAACAAUGAAUGAUUUGCCAGUCGGUCGAAGUGUAGAUGAAACUCUACGACUAGUACAAGCAUUUCAAUAUACAGACAUGCAUGGAGAAGUAUGUCCUGCUAAUUGGAAACCUGGUGAACAAACGAUAAUUCCUGAUCCUAUUAAGAAGAAACAAUAUUUUGAUAGACUGAUUGAAUUAUAAUUCACCUGCGGUGAUCUCAUAAUUGCCAAGACAUAAUUAUUUAUAAUCUAUUAAGCAUUUAAGCAUCACAAAGACAUAAAUAUUAAAUAAUAUUUUUUUUUUUAUUUCAAUACAAUGGUCCGUUCGUUUUGUUUUUAUUAAAUAUAUUA